AUGGUCUCCUCGUCGCGCCGAGUUUCUCGCAAGGCUCACUUUGAUGCCCCUGCCCACAUCCGAAGAAAGAUCCUCUCGGCCUCGCUCAACAAGGAGCUCCGCGCUGAGCAUGGCAUCCGUUCGCUCCCUGUCCGCAAGGAUGACGAGGUCCUGAUCGUCCGUGGUUCGUCCAAGGGCGCUGAGGGCAAGGUCACCCAGGUGUACCGCAAGAAGUGGGUCAUCAACAUCGAGCGCAUCCACCGUGAGAAGACCAACGGUGCCACUGUCCCCCUUGGCAUCCACCCUUCCAACGUGGUCAUCACCAGCCUCAAGCUCGACGAGGACCGCAAGAAGAUCAUUGCCCGCAAGUCGUCCAAGAAGGAGACUGCUGAGACCAAGGACAACUAA